GCGAUGAUAGGCGAUGGAUAAAGACGACCGCGCUGAUAAAGAGCCGCAGAGCCGCAGAUGUCACGCGAGCGCGAUUCGUGCGCGACGAUCCCCGGUCGUGUUCGGUCAGUCGUGCGUCGUUCCGCUCGCGCUGCUCUCGUGAGAUCCGCUCGUUCGAGAUACGGUGAGUGCGCACCGCGCACUCGGGGAGCGUCCGGAGGCCGCCAACGGCAUCGUCCCCGACGGCCAAGACAAAACGAGUAACAAUGCGAAAUGUUACAGCUUAGCCAUGGAGAGUUACACGUCGGACUCGAGCGACUCGGAUUCCGCUUUAAUAACGUUAGACCUGACUUAUUUGGCACUGAACGACGAAGCGUUGGAUAAGCAAUUCCUCAAUACCAAAACCCAAGAGCAAGUGGAUACUUUGUUACUGAGCCAGAAUCGUCUUACGACUCUUCCUGCCAGUAUCAACAGAUUCACCAACUUGAAUGCCCUCGACAUCUCGAACUGCGGCCUCACCAGAUUACCGGACUUUUGGGCGGAUUGUCCUUUGACCUGCUUGAUUGCGAAACAGAACAACCUCACGAAUGAUGGAUUGCCGAAAGAUUUUGCGAAUCUCACCAAUUUGAGGGAACUCAAUUUAGGCGGCAAUAGACUCACGGAAUUUCCGGGACAGAUUCUAGACCUACCUGGCUUACGAUAUCUUUACUUGAGUGGCAAUCUUAUCAGCGAAAUUACCAAAGAUAUCUGGAAGCUGCAAGGGUUGCGAGUCUUGUCGAUGGGAGACAACAGAUUGACAGAAGUACCGUCCACCCUUGGUCAGCUGAAGUCCUUACAGGCUCUCGUACUUUGCGACAACACCUUAGAGAGCCUGCCAAGCUCAAUAGCCAAUUUAACAAAUCUGAAGAGUUUAUCGCUUCAUAGGAACAGGCUGCGAACAUUGCCAACUGAGAUAAUAACAUUAAAAUGCCUCACAGAGUUGUCUUUACGAGAUAAUCCAUUAGUAGUGAGAUUUGUAUCAGAUAUGACACACAAUCCGCCGUCGUUGCUGGAGCUAGCGGCCCGUGUCAUCAAGACCAACGAUAUUCGCUACGACAACGAGAGUAUACCGCACAGCCUAGUGCAGUACCUCAAUAGCGCCCACCAUUGUGUCAAUCCUAAGUGCAAAGGUGUUUUCUUUAAUAACCGAGUGGAGCACAUUAAGUUUGUCGAUUUCUGUGGCAAGUAUCGCUUACCGUUGUUGCAAUAUUUAUGUAGCAGCAAAUGCAUCGAGCCGCGAGACAGUGACGAGGAGCUCGUCAGUGGUGCUAUGAUCAGAAAGGUUCUUCUCGGCUAAUGAGAUCUUAUAUUUAAUCAGGCAUAUUUCUGUAAUAAAAGACAUUCCGAAUUGGCUGUUUCGUUACAAUUGUUUCGACGUGAAGAGAGUUAUUAUCCAUUUUCUGUUCUUGAUAAAUGGUACGAAAUUUAUAGAGAUAUAAAUUACAUGAGAAUAAACAUUUCAAACAGUUCUACAGAAAACAAGUUAUAACAUAUGUAAAUCUGUAGAAAUAUUGUAACGUGCUUCAUAUGUUCGUGUAUUUUUCUCCUUCUUUUCUAUAUCAAAAAACUAAUGUGAUCGUAUUAUACAAUAUAAUAAAUGUAUUCUACAACAUAAAUAAAGACAUUGCAAGAUUCGUCAUUA